AUGGACGCCGCGCCCGUCGCCAACCGCCUCAACAAGUUCCCCCUCGUCGCCGCCUCCCUCGAUACAAGAGGCCUCGUGAAGGAGCAAAUUCGUUCCUUCAACUAUUUCGUCACCAAAAAAAUGCAGAAGAUUGUGAUGGCAAAUAACCGCAUCGUAGCACCCCAAGACCCGUCCAUCUAUCUUAGAUACACUGCAGUGCAUCUCGAAAUUCCGUUUGCGUGUCCGUACUACAGCACUGAUAUUUUGACACCGCAAUUCUGCCGUCUUAAUGAUCGCACUUAUGCUGCCCCCAUAAGGGUUGAUGUUGAAUACACUGCCUAUUUACGGGAUAAAACGCUGACGCUACGGGAGGAAAGUGCCACCAUUGGGUACAUGCCUAUUAUGCUCAGAAGCUGUUCUUGUGUUCUGAAUGGGAAGGAUGAAGAUGAACUAGCAAGAUAUGGCGAGUGCCCUCUUGAUCCUGGCGGCUACUUCAUUGUGAAAGGAAAUGAGAAGGUCAUUCUUAUACAAGAAGAAUUACCAAAGAAUCAUAUUAUUAUUAUGACCGAUCGUAAAGGAAGGGUGACUGCGUCGGUUAUGAGCAGUGCAGAUGGAAUAAAAAGCAAGACUCUAGUUGUCAUGGACAACAAAAAGAUCUAUCUAGAUUCGAAUCAAUUCACUAAGCUGAUUCCUAUAAUUGUUGUUUUGAAAGCAAUGGGAAUGGAAAGUGACCAAGAGGUUGUACAAAUGCUUGGACGAGAUCCAAGAUAUGGGGACUUGCUAUUUUUAUCUAUUCAGGAAUGUGCCUCUGAGGGAAUAUAUACACAACAACAAGCUCUUCAGUACAUGGAUGGCAAGGUGAAACUUGAACCGAUAACCGGUCUUCUUUCCUUCUCAUGUCAAUCGCACCUUCAGGUCAAGAAUGGGAACUUGCGAGCAAAGAGCAUAUACACUGGUGUAAUAUUAAGGCGCAUGAUGGACGCAGUCUUGAAUGCUGACACUUUUGAUGACAAGGCAAGUUCAAAGCUACUCCCUGUAUCACUUAAGUUGGCAAUCAGCCUCUGGGUUCGCUGGUUAUGGAGGAUGUAUACGGACCCCCAACGCCCUUGGCAUGGGCUGGCAUGCAAUUCAGGAGAGACGAGCAGUGCAAAGAAUGAAAAUAUACUAACUUCCUCAAGUGCACGCAAAACUGUCUUCAGAAAUUUGCACGUUUAUGACCUGUUGUCAAGUGACCUUUUGUUGAAUAUCUUGCAGGAUUAUUUAGGAAAUAAGAGGCUGCAACUGUCUGGUGAACUAGUAUCCCUGCUCUUCGAGGAUCUGUUCAAAAGAAUGAAUUUGUUGGCUAUGGAUAUUAUGGGCAAAACUAUGAGCAACAAUACAAGUGAAGAUCGUGACGGAGUCCUGAAUUUUAAGCAGAUAAUAGAGAGGGCUUCUAACAUAACCUCUGGUAUGGAGUUGGCCAUUAACACAGGAAAUUGGAACACAGGACAAUUUGGUAUGAGUAGAAAAGGUGUAUCACAGACGCUUUCUAGGCUAUCCUAUAUGGCAUCUUUAGGCUACAUGACACGCAUAUCACAAGAAUUAGAGAAGACCCGGAAAACAAAUGGGCCCCGUGCAUUGCACCCUAGUCAGUGGGGUAUGCUUUGCCCAUGCGAUACUCCCGAAGGAGAACUUUGUGGAUUGACAAAAAAUUUAGCUUUGUUAACUCACAUUACAACAGAUCAAGAGGAUGAUGGCCCACUGACGAAGCUGUGUUAUACUUUAGGUGUGGAAGAUUUAUCAAUUUUAUCCGCAGAAGAAGUUCAUGCAUCAGACUCAUUUCUGAUCAUGUUCAAUGGAUCAAUACUGGGGAAACAUAGGCAACCUCAGAGAUUUGCUGAUAAUAUGAGAAAACUGCGUCGGUUAAGCUCAUCUUGGGACUUUGUAAGCAUUUUUGUUAAUCAGAAGCAGCGUUGCAUUCACAUUGCCUCUGAUGGCGGUUGCAUUUGUCGUCCACUUUUAAUCGCUGAUUUGGGAAUAUCAAGGGUCCAAGACCAUCAUAUGCAGGAACUGAGGGCUGGUCAACUCUCAUUUGACGAUUUUCUGCGUUUUGGGUUGAUUGAAUAUCUUGAUGUCAAUGAAGAGAACAAUGCAUUGAUUGCAUUGUAUGAGCAUGAGGAUCAAGAUGAUGUUCAGAGAAGCAGAAUCACACACAUUGAAAUAGAGCCCUUGACUAUAUUAGGGGUUGUGGCUGGGCUUAUUCCUUAUCCACACCAUAACCAAUCUACACGUAACACUUACCAGUGUGCAAUGGGUAAGCAAGCAAUGGGAAAUAUUGCGUAUAAUCAGUUGUCCCGGGCAGAUUCUCUACAAUAUUUAUUAGUGUACGCGCAACGUCCCCUGGUUACAACAAAAACAAUCGAGUUGGUGGGAUAUGAUAAGCUUGGGGCUGGGCAGAAUGCAACUGUUGCUGUCAUGAGUGAUAGUGGAUAUGAUAUUAAAGAUGCAAUUGUAUUCAAUAAAUCAUCCCUUGAUCGAGGUUUUGGUCGUUGCAUAAGAAUGAAAAGGUACACGGUGGCAAUGCAGAAGUAUGGGAAUAAUAGGUCAGAAAAGAAUGUUAAACCAGAGAGAGAUAAAGAUGAUAUUUUGAAGAAGCAGAAUAUGCAGGUUUUGGAUAAAGAUGGAUAUGCCAAGCCAGGUCUAAUAAUCCGCGAUGGUGAUAUCUAUGUGAACAAGAAAACUCCCAAGAAUACUGCAAAAAGUCCUGGUGUUACAUCAACCGACAGGGACUAUGAAGACUCCCCAGCUAUUUACAAAGGUGAUGAUGAUGAGACAACUGUAGUUGAUCGUGUAAUACUUUCCUCAGAUAGUAAUGACAACUUGACCAUCAAGUGUAUUAUCCGUCACACUAGGAGGCCAGAGGUCGGUGACAAAUUUAGUAGCAGACAUGGACAGAAAGGUGUUUGUGGUACCAUUCUUCAGCAGGAAGACUUCUCCUUCUCUGAGAGAGGAAUAUGCCCUGAUUUAGUUAUGAAUCCCCAUGGAUUUCCAAGUGGUAUGACGGUAGGACAAAUGCUUGAACUUCUUGGCGGAAAGGCUGGUGCAUCAUGUGAGCAAUUUUAUUAUGGCAGUGCAUUUGGUGAACCAAGUGGUAAUGCUAAUAAAGUUGAAGACAUGAGCUAUACUCUUGUCAAGCACGGCUUCAACUAUCAUGGAAAAGAUUUAUUGUACUCAGGCACUUUAGGCCACCCUCUUCAGGCAUAUAUCUUCAUGGGGCCAAUCUACUACCAGAAAUUGAAGCACAUGGUUCUUGAUAAGAUGCAUGCUCGAGCUUCUGGACCACGAGUUGCAUUGACCAGGCAACCUACUGGAGGGCCAAACAGCAAUGGAGGCCUGCGUCUUGGUGAGAUGGAGCGUGAUUGUUUAAUUGCGCAUGGUGCCAGUAUGGUGAUAUUUGAACGUCUAUUACUGUCGAGUGACCCAUAUCAAGUGCAGGUUUGCAGAAAAUGUGGUUUGUUAGGCUACUACAACCACAGACUCAAAACCUCCUUCUGUUCAUUUUGCAAAAGUGGAGAAAAUAUGCAGCAACUGAUGAUGCCCUAUGCCUGCAAGCUAUUGUUUCAGGAACUGACAGCGAUGAACACCGUUCCAAGGUUAAAGCUAACCGAAGGAUAA